CUUCGCUCCGGCCGCCUCCGCACUCGCAGCCUGGAGGGAGGGAGGGAGGCUCCCUCCGAUCGGGGCCUCUGUCGAUCUCUCCAAGGUCCAUAAUUUAUCUCGGAAAUUGGAUACUCCUUGAUAAUUGUUGUCUGAGGUGUGAACAGCAAAUUUGUUGGUAUCUUCUGGGAGUGUAGCUAUUCUCCAAUUCAGAGGGAAGAACACUCAGCUGAGACAAGCACUAUCUCAGCUACUGGAAGGCUUCAAUGUCCAAAGUUUUGGAAAGAAGAAAUUCAUUUGGUGCCACCACUCCUGCAAGCUCAACUUCAGCUUCAGAUUCUUCAAGAAAGGAGGAGAAGCCAGUACCACGUUAUCUAAGACCAUCUACAGGCUCAUGCCAUGAUUUGUGCAAGCAUGGACACAGGAAUCCUUCUGAAGAAAUUCAGAAAUUUUUAGGAGGGCGAAGAAAAAAACUUCCAACUCAUCUGAAUAAUUUGACGUUGCAUGGAUCAAUUACCUUGGAUACACCACCCAAGGAUGCCAGGAGCAGAAGAAAUAUUUCACUUGUCAAAUCAAGUAUAUCACUGGGUGAAGCUGACCGUGUUGUUCACAAGAUAAAAUCAGCAAAUUUGAGAGGCGCUGCAUCAUCAGAACACUUGGUCCCACUUGUUGCUUUGGCUGAUCAUAAAAGCGUGAGCUCUGAUGGAAGAAAGAAACAGCCGGUGGUUGCACAGAGGACUUCCCCUAAUCCAAAGUCACCCAACGGAGUACGUAAUUUUGAUAAAAAAGCAGCAAUGCCAGUCAAGGGUUCGAAGUUGCCAGAGAAGACACAGCAGGAAAAAGCUAGAACUGUGGAAAAGACACUGCAGGAGAGAGCUAGAACUGCGGAAAAGACACCGCGGGAGAAAGCUAGAACUGCGGAAAAGGCCACUACUGUCAAGCAAUCAUUGGUUAAGAGACCAGCCUCACUUCCCACUAAACUCAACCUGAUUAAGCAAUCGUCUGUGUCAUCUCAGGCUUCCAGUAAUCUAGUAUCUUCAAAAGAUAAAAAUACUCUGAAGGGAAGGCUUACAUCUUCACCAGCAAUUAUUACCGGCAAGCGUACAAGCAAUAGCGGUAAAGCUGGAAGAAGUCCUAUGAGGUCCAGUAAUGCAAAUAUUGAUGGGAAAAGUGGCUCAGAUUUACUGAUAACACCAUUAUCCAUUGAAUCUGACAUUACCGCUUCUGUCAAAAUACAAGAUGAUGUGCAAGAUUCAUGUGUUACAGACCAUCUUGUGGAGUCAACAGCAGCAGAACUGUCUGCAGAUGCCACAGAAUAUGCCGAAAAAUUUCGAAUAGAACCAGAAGAAACAAGUUCAGAGGAUGGCUUGGAUAUGUCCAUAACAUCAUCCUCUGUAGAAUCUGAUGUUGAAGCACAAGAUGAUGUGCAAGGUUCAUGUAUUGCAGGUCAUAGCGUGGAGUCAGCACUAGCAGAACUGCCGCCAAGUGCUACAGAAUAUGUAGACAAAUCUGGACCUACAGCAAAAGAUGCAUGUACAUUCAUUUCAGAGGACGAAGUGGAAUGUCAUGAAAAUAUUGAAGCAUUGGCUGCUGAACUCCCUAUCAAAAGUAUCAUUGCUCUUGAAUUGCAGCGAUCAUUUGAUGGCCAGGAAGUCAAGGCUGUGAUAACUAAAUCUGAUCUAGAACAUAUGCAACCAGAACAGAAUGCCAUUGCUAAUCGAGCUUUAAAGGGUGAAGACAUACAAACUGAUGAUGCAGCUCUGUACCAACUAUCUGAACGGUUAACUGCUGUGCAAACUGCAGGUGUACAUGAUUCUGCACUAACUGAAAGUACCUUGCAAAGUGAUGCUGAUGGAGUGAAAGUCAACGCUGGUGUGGAGUCUUUGGUAAUUGAAAGUAGGGAGGACGUGGGAGCUCAUGAAGACACUGAUGAUGCAGCUCCCUGCCAAUCAUCUAAAGAUGUGGAAUGUGAUGCUGAUGGAGUGGAAGUCAACGCUGGUGUGGAGUCUGUGGUAAUUGAAAGUAGGGAGGACGUGGGAGCUCAUGAAACCACUGAUGAUGCAGCUCCAUGCCAAUCAUAUAAAGAAUUAACAGCUGUGCAAAAUGCAGAUGUAAGAUCGGAGACUGAAGCUGAUGAAGUGAAGAUCAUUGAAAAUGGUAGUGUGCAGUCUGUUAUCACUGAAAAUGGAGAGUACAUGGGAGCUCAUGAAGACCUCCAAGGGCUUCCGGAACUAGGGGCACUUGAUAAAGAACAUGCUGAUCCUGAGUAUUGCCUCGAUUGCAGUGCAGGAAAUGCAACUGAAAAUGUUAACGCUGCUGAAAUUGUUGAGGUUAAGACUUUCAAUGGUACACCUCAUUGCCAGUCAAUUUUAGAAACUUCAUCAGAUGGUGAACUUCUGGAGCAACCAAAGCCUGUGUUAACUGAACCAAUACAAACUGAUGUGGUAACAAGUGUCCAUAACGAUGGCACCUUUGAACAGGAUAAACUGAAAUCAAUGAUUGUUGCUCAACAGCUACUGGAAGAACUAUCAGAUGAUGAGAAUUAUGAAGAAUAUGAUUAUGAGUUAGUUGAAUUAGAUGAGUCUGAUGCAGAACAUGAAGGAGUAACAAUCAACCCAAAUAUUGAUGAAUCUUCGAAGGAAAAAGGCCAAUGGACAAAAAGAAUCUCAUCACUUCACCCAGAUGAAGCUAGUACCACACCUUACAAAUUGAAGUUUAAAAGGGGUAAAAUUGUAGAACUCACACCAGAUAGUAAUGGCCCGAGAAGACUCAUAUUUAGAAGAAGAGCUGCAAGUGAAGUUGCAAAUGGUGAUGGUCAGCUAGCCAGAAGGAUUUAUAAGAGGAAUAUAAGAAAUAAUGGGGUUCCUGCUGAACCUGAUUUGGAAUCUCCUGGAGUGAAACUGAGGCAUCAGGAUGCACAAGACAAGAAGGAUGCACAGGGGCUGUUCAACAAUGUAAUAGAAGAAACUGCAAGCAAGCUUGUGGAGUCUAGGAAAAGCAAGGUAAAGGCUUUGGUUGGUGCUUUUGAAACGGUGAUACUUCUCCAGGACGGCAAUCCCUCACCUUCCACACCACAGGCAAGUAUGUCUCCAUAUUCAGUUCACAAUGACGGUGAAAAGGCAUCGGAUGGACCAGUGUAGAUUAUGCACAUCUUACUGAAUCGCCAAGUUUGCAGUAAUCUUCUGGAAUUUUCUUAUUUUUCCUCCAAAACUGGAUUUAGUGAAAGAGUGCUUUUGCAUAGUUUGUGUGUUGCGUCUCUUUUAGUGAGGAUUAACCAUUUUCUCAAAAGUUUUUGGAAUUUACAGUACAUAGCCAAGGUGCUUCAUGCAGAUACCAUUUCAAUUAUAUUUCAAUGUAAAUGAACUGAGACACCAAAAAAGAGAAAAUGAAUUGUGAUUAUGUUGGGCUUGGAUUCUGAAGUAUUAUAAUACAAGUAUUGGUUUAAGAUUUGUUUA